AUGACCACAACUAAGAUAUCUUCAAAAGAAACCUUCGAAUUAGAAGACAAAUACUCAGCACAUAACUACCAUCCCUUACCGGUAGUAUUCCAUCGUGCACAAGGUGCUCACGUAUGGGACCCGGAAGGAAACCAAUACUUGGAUUUCCUAUCUGCAUACUCAGCUGUCAAUCAGGGCCAUUGUCAUCCUCGAAUCAUUGCUGCAUUAAUUGAACAAGCCCAAAUCUUAACAUUGUCCUCUCGUGCAUUCUCAAAUGAUAUAUACGCACAAUUCGCUAAGUACAUCACUUCAUAUUUCCAUUACGAUAUGGUGUUACCAAUGAAUACAGGUGCAGAAGCUGUUGAAACUGCUUUAAAGUUAGCUAGAAAAUGGGGGUAUGAAGUUAAGAAAAUUCCUCAAGAUAAAGCUAUCAUCCUUGGUGCACAGGGAAAUUUCCAUGGUAGAACGUUCGGUGCUAUUUCAUUAUCAUCCGAUGAAGUAGAUUCCAAGAAGAAUUUUGGUCCCUUCUUGAAUAAUACUACUUCUAAUUAUGUUAAUAAACCAAUUAGAUAUGGUCAUAUUGAAGAUUUACAAUAUAUGUUCGAAAAUUAUGCAGGAAAUAUUGCUGCAAUUAUUUUGGAACCUAUUCAAGGUGAAGCUGGGAUUGUAGUGCCACCAGAGGGAUAUUUUACGAAAGUUAUGGAACUUUGUAAAAAAUAUAAUAUUUUGUUCAUUUGUGAUGAAAUUCAAACAGGUAUUGGAAGAACGGGGAAACUUUGUUGUUAUGAACAUUACGCUGGUGUAAAACCUGAUAUCUUAUUGUUGGGGAAAGCAUUGUCUGGUGGUGUAUUGCCUGUAUCAUGUGUCUUAUCUUCAAAGGAUAUAAUGUCUGUGUUUACUCCCGGGUCUCAUGGUUCUACAUUUGGUGGUAACCCAUUGGCUUCGAAAGUCGCUAUGGCUGCAUUGCAAGUGGUUAAAGAUGAAAAUUUAAUCGAGAGAGCAAAUGAUUUAGGUAAAAUAAUGAAAGAUCAAUUAAUUGAUAUUCAAAUGAAUCAUUCAAAUGGAAUGAUUUCAGAGGUACGUGGGAUGGGUUUAUUAAUGGCUAUCGUCAUUGAUCCUGGAAAGGCCAACGGUAGAACGGCAUGGGAUCUUUGCCUAUUAAUGAAGGAAAAUGGUUUAUUGGCAAAACCAACUCAUGAUCAUAUUAUUAGAUUGGCUCCACCUUUAGUUAUCUCAGAGGAAGACUUACAAAAAGGUAUUACAAUCAUUAAAAAAUGUUUGAUUGAAUUACCAAACGUCCCAAAGAGUGGUCAUUAA